ACGAAAUUCUCUGUUCCGCUCAGCUCCGGCGUGCUCCACUAGAGUCUCGGGAGCGCGCACCGGGAUUCCCCGCCUCUCGACUCGUUCCGGUCUUGGACUUUUGUUGUGCCCGGCUGAGCAGCAGCGGCUGCUGGCACACGUGCAAGUACGCAGAGCUGUACCCUUCCCUGUUGUAUGUUUGGCUUGGCAGGGUACCGGGUGACGCAGACAGCUAACCUCAGGGAGAAAUUCUCCCCUCAUCCCUUGAUUCAAGCUUUCUUGCUAGGAACUCAAGUGAACUACUUUGAAUGGAAUUAUCUCUGUGUUCUUCAGUGUGGCCAUCCAUCCACCAGUAAUUCAGGGAGUCUUGACCUGGAGCAGAAUUCCAAAGAAAGGAAAGGCGGAUCUUUUCUUGAUUACCUGCAUUUUCAAAGUUCUUCAGCAAGAUCUCAGCAAAGAAGAGAACUGGCUACAAACUGUGAACAAACACAACUGUUAGGUCAGAUGACUGCAAGCUUAAGUAGCAUGCAAACUACUGACCAAACUUUGCAUCUGAAUAAUAUUACUACCCCUUCAGGGUCAAGAUCUGUUGAAAAGCAAGAAGGAGAAGAUUCAUCUGAAUUUGUGAAUCCUUUUCAUGUUGCAGAAGACCUAAAUAAGGAACAGCGGGCUGCAUUCCUCUUAAAAGAGCUGGACAUUCUAAAAGCAAGCAAUAAGAAGCUUCAAGAGAAGCUGUCUGAAAAGGAUAAGGAGCUGAAGACAAUAAAACUGGACUUAGAACUGCGUGACAGAGCUACAGAAGCUAAGAUUGCAGAGAGAACUGCAGCUCUAGUAGAAGAAAUUCAUUCUGCUCAACGGGAACGUGAUGAGGCAAUAAUGGCAAGAUUGAAGUUGGCUAAUGAAGAAAGAGAUGAAGUAUGUAAACAAAUGAAACUACUGGAGCAAUCUUUUGAGAUGCUAGAAAAUAUUAACCCUGAAGAAAAUGACAUGACAUUACAGGAAUUACUGAACAGAAUAAACAAUGCAGACUCAGGGGUGGCUAUACGAAGGACUGGAGCUGUAAUUGUCGAUCGAAUAUACAGGACUCAGGAGCGCAAAAAGAAAAUAACAGCUGAAGAAAUGAAUGCAGUCAUAGAAGAACGAGAUGCUGCUUUGGCUCAAUGCAAACGGCUGGAGCAGGAGCUUCAUCAUAUGAAAGAGCAGAACCAGACUUCUGCAAACAACACGAGACAUCUGACUGCUGAAAACAAUCAAGAACGUGCUCUGAAGGAAAAAUUGCUGGUGAUGCAACGAGAAAGAGAGGCUGCUGUUCAUCAAUACCAAAAGUUAGAAGAAGAGCUCCAGACCCUUCGUGUUUAUUACAGCCUACACCAGUCUUUGUCUCAAGAAGCGAAUCUGAAGGAUCAGCUCAGCUCUGCUCUGACGACAUAUGAAAAAGCUCUGAAAAACAGAGAGGAGAUUGUCUCCAUGCUUCUUCUUCAAAAUGAAGAACUGGCAACCCAGCUUCAGCAAACGGUAGAGGAGAGAGCAAACAUGGAAUUAAAGUUUCAGGAUGCUUCAGAGGCAUCACAAGAGGCCAGCAAAAAAAUUCAAAAGUUGCAAAGGCUGGUGGACGUUCUGAGGAAGAAGAUUGGCGCAGGGACUAUUAGGACAGUGAUCUGACUGAAAACUCCAGUCUGGGGAAGCAUUCACAUCUGGUGACCAGGCUGCUUCAUUCAGCGCUGUGUAAACACUAAAGCCUUAACUUAGCAAACAGUUGUUAGAAGUGGGACACUCCAACGACAUUCCAAGCCGAGAUAAAAAUCAAAUCAUAAAUGUUUAACCACUUGGCUGCUGAGUUGGGUGAUUCGUCCAGCAAUAUCUUUACAAACAUGUAUUUACUUUGUAGCAGAUCCAUUUUGGUAUAGUUAGCAAGCCCGUGGAAAAGGCAUAUAAUUCUGUGUGCAUAUAAUUCUGUGGACAAUUGUUUCUCCACUAAGUCUGUAGUCUGCUACAAAAAAACAGUCCAUCUUUGUGGCUGCAUAGAGUACAAAAUCUUGCAGACUGUGAGGUUGAAUAGAAAUAUUUACAUUAGUCAAUGCUGCUGGAAUUCAAGAUGUAUGGAACUGAUAAGGGACACCCUGAAUCAGAAAUGAGUUGUGGCUAGUAUCAUGUAAAUGUCAUGUUUUUUUUCUUCAAGCGUACUUAUUUUCUGCCAGCACUGCAUUGGUUAAUAGAAAUUAAGACAUGCAAACAUACUGAAAAGAAAGCAUAUAUAUUGUAUUCAGAAGAAUUUAAGUAGUUGUAUUUCAAGUAACAGGAGGCAUUUCCAGUCAAAUUAACAAAUUAUUUCAGUUCCCCUCUUAAUUUGAAUGUAGUAAGACCCUCGAGUUGUAUAUUGUUCUCUGUGUCUUACCACAUGCAUAUAAAAUAGUCCUUAGUGUGAUUAACCUGCUCAAUAAAGGCAAACAAGUUGGCAUUACUCUCAACUAAGAAAAA